AUGGGAAGGCUGUUUUUGAUCUAUUUGGAAGGGGACAAGUACUCCUGCAAGCACUGUCAAUCGCAUCUCGCUCUAGCUGAUGAUAUUGUUUCGAAGUCCUUCCAUUGCAGGCAUGGGAAAGCUUAUCUCAUUGAUAAAGUUGUGAAUGUCACUAAUGGAGCUAAAGAAGAGCGAAUGAUGAUGACUGGAAUGCACACCGUGGUUGACAUAUUCUGUGUGGGCUGUGGCUCGAUUGUCGGAUGGAAAUAUGUAGCUGCUCAUGAGAAGACCCAAAAAUACAAAGUUGGAAAAUAUAUCUUAGAGAGGUUUAAAGUGUUGGGUCCAGAUGGAAGCAGCUACUCAAUAAGUCAAGAGGGUCAAAUGACUGGCAGUGAUACCGAAGAUGGUUUCUGA